UGGACUCUGCUGACGUUGGCUCGGCAAACCGUUCGAUGCUCAGAGCCGCUAACCGGUUGCUUCCCUUCCAGGCUCGCUUUCCCGUGGCUCGGCAUCUUCCGUCGCUGUGGCUGUCUGAGGUUCACCCUCUCAGGAUGGGGGUAGGCAAAUCUAGAUCAGUUAAUUUUCCAAUUAUUGAUGGCCAAGAGAAUAAAUUUCCCAAGCAUACACAUGGGACGAAAGAGAAAGAGGAGGCUAUAAUUGUGAAAGAGAUUUGUUCAGUUGAUGAGAUGAAUGAAGGAGAGAUGCGUGAAUUUGAAGUAGAAAACCAUAAGCUGUUACUUAUCAAAAGCAGUGGGGAAUUUAGUGCCAUAGGGCACUUGUGUACUCAUUCUGGAGCUCCACUGGUAAAAGGAGUUCUCUCAAAUGGGAGAGUUCGAUGUUCCAGGCAUGGUGCCUGUUUUAAUAUAAAAACAGGUGAUAUCGAAGAGUACCCUUGUCUUGAUGCACUACAAUGCUUUCCGGUUGAAGUUCAGAAUGGCAAGGUUAUUAUAUCGGCAAGUGUUGAAGCCUUGGAAGAAAACAGAAGAAUCAAAACCAUGGUCACCCCAUCACCAACAAAUAAGACAGUCAUUCUUCUUAUAGGUGGAGGUCCAGCUUCAUUAGUUUGUGCAGAAACUCUUCGCCAGGAAUUUUACACAGGACGCAUAAUAAUAGCAACCAAAGAACAACAUUUGCCUUAUGACCGUACAAAACUCAGCAAGAAGUUAGAAAUCGACAUUGAAAGAAUCUUGUUGCGGAAGUCCGAGUUUUACUCCACUCAUGGUAUUGAGGUGCUAACGAACAAGGAGGCAAUAUCGGUGAACGCGGGUAAAAGGAGGGUUGCCUUUAAAGAUGGAACCACUCAGCAAUAUGACUACUUACUGAUAGCAACAGGCUGCAUACCUCGAAAACUUAGUUGUCCGGGAGCAGAUCUAGAAAAUGUAUUUUGCUUGUAUACUCCGGAAGAUGCACACAAAAUUCACGAAUUAUCAAAUGAAAAAGAUGUUGUCAUCGUGGGCUCCUCAUUCAUUGGAAUGGAGAUAACUUGGUACCUGAUUAACAAACCUAAGUCUGUGUCUGUGGUUGGAACCAGCAAGGUUCCGUUUCAGGAUUUGUUGGGAAGAGAUGUUGGCACUGCAAUAAUGAAGAAAUUUGAAGCGGAAAAUGUGAAGUUUUACAUGGAAAGUAAAGUGACUGAACUCAGGGGACAGAAUGGAUCGUUGGAAGAAGUUGUGCUCGAAAAUGGAAUGGUUCUUCCAGCAGACACCUGUGUAGUAGGAAUUGGAGUGGUACCUGCAACAGAUUUCCUGAACAAGAGUGGCAUAAAAACUGAUUCGAAUGGUGCAGUUAUUGUCAAUAAGAACAUGCAGACCAGUAAUCCUAGAGUGUUUGCAGCUGGGGAUAUUACUUCAUUUCCACUACCACUGAAAAAUAAUGAAAAUGUGACUGUUCGUCAUUGGCAAGUGGCUCAUUCACAAGGUCAUGUGGCUGCGUUGAACAUGCUGAAGAAGAAGGCUGCCUUUAAUUCUGUGCCAUACUUCUGGUCAAUCAUUUCCGAAAACAGUAUUCGAUAUGCAGGACAUGGAGUAGGCUAUGAAGAAGUAAUCAUUCAUGGCAAUAUGGAUGAAAUGAGAUUUGUUGCAUUCUAUAUCAAGGAAGAUACCGUCAUUGCAGUUUGCAGUCUGAAUUAUGAUCCUGUGGUCUCCCAAGUAGCUGAAGUUCUAGCCUCAGGAAAGACUAUAUCGAAGGAAGAAGCUAGCUCCGAGGAUAUGCCGUGGAUUAAAAAGAUCUGAUGUUUUCCAUGCUUCAAGCAAAACUUUUAGAAUUACAUUUUAAAGGAAGUUUCCCAAAACUUAAUUGAUUUUUCUAUUUGUUUUAUGAACCUUUUAUUUCAAAACAUUCUAUGUAAACUGGGAGAAUACAAUAAUUAAUUUCUAUAAUCUACAAUUAACUUUGAUUACCAUACCUAAUAUUUCUAUAUUUUUUAACCUGCCUGAUAAAAUGAAAUGUAAUAGAAUUACCAUUAUAAUUGUGUUUUAUAGGUAUUUCUGCUGAUUUCUACUUAUUCCCGAAAUUGAUAAAUGGUUACAGCACAAUUGCUAAAAAUUUGAAUGAAUAAUCCUCUGGUUAGCUGUAGAUGUAGAUAAUGAGCACGUUAUGGCAUAAUCUUCCAAUGAACUGAGUUUAUGGGGGUUGAUAGUGGAGGAAACUUUGGAUCUGUAUUGGUGUUGAAAAUAUAUAUUCCAAUAUGCAAGCUGUUGCAGUGUUAUGCAAUCAAAUCAUAUGAAUAUAUAAAGUCACAUGCAUCUCUGUACACAUGAUUUUCAGUGUUUUAAAUUUAAGACAGAAUAAGCCACAGACAUACAAGAAUAUUAUUACUCUUUAUUCUAUUUUGCCAUAUAUAGAUAUAGCUGUAAAAAUCAUUUUUUAAAGUUCCCCAUUUUCAUUUUUAUAUUCAGUUCACAAUUCUCCCCCUUGGUCUCAAGAAAAUGUACCCCUCACAGAAAAUGCCAAAUAAUUCACAAAGCAGUACUCUGGAUGAAGCUUCGAUGCACAUUGAUGGAGUAAUUCUGUUUUCUUCACUGCAAUUAGAACUUUUGAAAUAUCUUUACUGAAGAGCAGCAAGUAAAUUUGAUUGGAGUUAUUCCUUCUUUUAAUGCACAUAUACCAUAUCUAAGAACAAAGUCUGCAUUUAGUGCUUGCCUCAUUGCUGCACUAGUUGUCUUUGGAAUGCUUGUUUUGCAAGUGAUGUAUAAAUAUCAAUGGCCAAAACAGAACAAGUAUGAAAGCAAUCUCGAAAGUUGGCUAUUUAGUUCAUUCUUUUCAGCACUUAUUUGAUGGUCAUUUUUGCUUUGGACUGGCUUUCUUCAACUGAUGCAGAACAUUCGUCUUCCUGCAAUCUGUAUAUAUAAAAAACAUGACAAGUAUCUUUUUUAUUCUAAGCUUUCAAGCCAUUCAUACUGCAGCUAUGUAACAUUGACAGAAGUUUUAAUUUUUGAUGAAUGAAGCAAACUUACGCUAUAUGAUUUAGUCCAAUUUCUGUAUUCAUGAUUAUGCCAUUUCUCUUUCUGUAUUUCAAUAAAAGCAUUCA